UCAAAAAUUCUUAAAUUCCUCUAAAGCUAUACUGUGUUUUCUGGCCAGAUAAUACUGACCUCAAGACAAUGAUGUGGUUUACAAGGGGAAACGUAGUAAAUGGCCUUACAGGCUGUCAGCAUAACUAGUGGACUGGACUUUAUUACUUUUGUUUUUUGAUUUGGAAAUCAAUUUGCUCAGGAACAAUAGAUUGCAGAUUCUUGUGUAUAUAUAUACAGAGAUACGGUAUGUACCCAGAGCUGUGUACAGUUACUGCCACAAUGGCUCUAGCAUCCUGCGACUAUCAAGGAUACACACAGUAUGAUUUCCAACAGCAGUAUGGACAUCAUGGGGUGUCACAAACAGACCUUGUUGAGGCAUCAGUUUUGGAAGAUGUACAUUGUCCACCCAUGGCUAACUGUGGACAUCACGUACAAGACGAAGACUUUAACUGGGACAUUGAUUUCCUCAACUCAAACUUCCCCGAAUUUCUGGCAAGUACCAGUGCAACGAUGCCAGUGCCCGUCACUGCAUAUCAAGAACAGCCCACCAUAGCCACACGUCCUUCUGAGAGAUUUAAUUACUUCCAUUACCACUAUAGUGAAGAUCUAUCCAUAGGAUAUCCAUUUGGAAAAUAUUCAAGCCAAAUGGGCAGUAAUAAUCUGGCUGAACACUCUGUGAUAAUGAGUGACAAAAACAUAUCUCCAAAUCACGAGCAAGCAAGCCGUGGUGCAGACGAUACAAAUGAGCAGAUCCAAGUUUUGAGUUGGCCUUACACUAAAUGUAGUUUUCCAGGUAUGGCCAGUCAAGACAAUUUUACUGCAAACCUUGAGCCAAUCUUACAAAGGACAAUGGCCCCACAUGUGUCCAAUCAGACACCAAAGGCUCUCUCAUCAAACACAAAAAUAUGUUCAAAACGCUCUGACCUCCUAAAGGGAAAAAACCCUGCGGUAAAACGUCGGUCAACUAAAGGACCGACUAUUUAUACCUGUGAAUAUGUGAAUUGUAGCCGGGUUUACACAAAGAGUUCACACUUUAAAGCACAUCUUCGCUCACACACAGGUGAGAAGCCAUAUGUAUGUGACUGGCCAGGCUGUGAAUGGAAAUUUUCACGUUCUGAUGAGCUCACUCGCCAUUUCAGAAAACACACCGGUCAACGUCCUUUCCAAUGCCACAACUGUCAAAGAACCUUUGCCCGAUCUGACCACCUGGCUCUGCAUUUGAAACGUCAUCAAAAUCCUUGAUAAUCCAGUUCCAAUUAAUAAAUGGAACUGUUUUCAAGAAAUGGGUUCAAAACUGUAGUAUACAGUGGAUUUGAAGCCGAGAUGUUGCCUGACCACAACGAGACUGCAGAUUUUAGAAGCCGUAUGGUUCAGUAUACGCAAUCAGUGUGGAAAAGCUAAACAAAAAAAGUUGAAACUAUUUCUGCUCAUAAGGUUGGGUUUCUGGCCACUCCGCUCCUCCAGUUUUGUGACAUGUUUUAAUGAGCUAAUAUGUUGUAUAUAUAGUCUAUAUGGGUAUCUGGUCUGGUCAGGCUCUUAUUACCACAGGAAAACACAGUGAAUUUAGUUUACUGUAGAGAGGCACUUUCUGGGUUUGACAUUCCUAAUGGAAGGAGAUGUAGGUUAGGUAUCUUUGACCUGUGAAGCUAAUGGGCUAAGGAAUAGGUGGGAAGGAUUACUGUUUAAUAUUAUUUUUCCCUCUCUUUAUUUCUUUCUCCUUCUCUCUCUUUCUCCUGACCUUUCAGACAGAAGUUCAGCUCAGUGCAGAUCCUGGUAGCGUAGGUAAAUAAUAUUAAUGUAUUCAGUCAAGCUAUGCAUGCUGUGUACACCAAGUCACGUGGA